CAGAGCGACGAGCCGACACACCACUUGAUCCGCAUUUAGUCUUUAGUUUUGCUUCUCUUACGUUGCGUGUUUAGUGUCGCGGGUGCAUCUCGUAACAAUCGCACAUAAAACUGCAAUUUAGAGCGCUGUUAAAAAACUUACAUAUAAUCCUAUUUCCGGAACUCGCCGUUAUCUACUGUGAAAAUGGAUAAUGCGCUCUCAGUUAACCCUGUGUCCACCUCUAUUUGGACUGUACUUUUCCUGUUGCAAUAUGUUCAGCACAUUUUGGGAAAGCAGCUCGCCCACGUCUCGCACUAUAACGCGGCAGCUACUCAACACUGCUCAGCCAUUGAUGUGAAGGAUAAAAUUGUGGAGCUGCAAUGUAAUGCCAAAUGUGCGGUCGAUAGUGUGAGGACUACCAUGGAAGAUCCGCAAAUCUGUUUUCAACAGUGCCAAGCGUCCAUUUAUCGUGAACCACGACGCGGUUUCUGCCCGAACAAGAGAAAUUUUACACUACCCGAACUCUCGCCAUUACAGCAGCUGAUCUGCCUCGACAACUGCCUGUACGACUCCGACUGUCCCUUGGUGCAGAAGUGUUGCGACAUUGGCUGCGGACCGGUUUGCGUCGAAGCGAUCGACGUGCGGGAGGAUGCAUUGUUGCCACCAAUACCGAAAAUCAUAUACUCCAAAUUGGGGCGCGGAAAUAAGGUGGAAAUCAGAAUUGAAUCUUCGGCAAAUUCUACCUACUAUUGUCAUGUGGAAGUGCGGUAUCAUUUCGGGGUAUCAUACGCUGAGCGAAAGCUUAGUCCGUGGCAAUGUCAACUGGUGGAGAAAAUUGCUGAGAUUUCGGAUGCACGCAGCAAAAGAAUUGAUAUAUCGUUUAACCUUAAACCUGGUUACUGGUAUCAGGCGCGUGUUGCGGCAAUUAAUGCAUACGGUUUCCGUGGCUAUUCUGAGCCCUCCAAAGUAUUUCGCUUAACGCAUAAUCCCAAGCCUCCCAAGUCUCCCGCUGAUGUGCAAGUGGUAUCCGCGCUUUUUAAUGGUCACCAUUAUGUGGUGAAAAUUGCUUGGUGCCCAUCAAAGUCGAAUUUGCCGAUUGAAAAGUAUAAAGUCAUAUGGUCGCUCUAUGUGAGAAAUAACGAUGAAUCAGUUAUAACGAAUGAAACAUACGUGAAAGAUGCACACUAUUUCGAAAUAAAGGAACUUUUGCCUGAGUCCAGCUACUACAUUCAAGUCCAAGCCAUAUCCAUAAAUGGCAGUCGACGUUUGAAGUCUGACAAGUGCUCAGUACUCUAUAACACGACCCAACCUGCGGAGCCCUACAGACCACUCAGGUGUUCGCAUCACGGUCAUGAACUAGAGCAGACUAUUGACACAAACAGUGAAAACCCCUUAUCACGAACCCAUGAAAGAGCGCCCAAGCCAAUUACCUUAGCAGUAUCAACUGUGCACGGAUAUGAAGUAAAUUAUCGGUUUAGUCGUAAGUUUGGCAUGAUUGUACACAUAACGGGAUUUUUACCACACAAGGAGAAGGUUUACGAAUUAUGUCCAAAAGAAAGCAAUUGUGAGCAGCGAGAAUAUAGCGCGAUAAGGGUGAAGCAAGAUGCAGUGGAAUUUAGCAGACUAAAAUUUGAUACCACUUAUGUGCUCAAAGCUUACAGAUCCAACUCUUUCGGCGAGUCAGCACGUGCAAUGAAUAGUUAUUUUUCAUUUACGACACCGAAAUGUGAGGCCUUCAAAAAUCGCUUUCCAAAAGAGACUUUAAAAUGUUAAUCUAACGUGUUCAAAUAUGUAUAAUACGUAUUAUUGAGUUUAGAAUAACAUCUUUUUAUUACGAAUUUACAAUAAAUUAGCUGACCAACCAUAUUUGGUCUUGAAAAAGGUA